GCGAGCCGGAACGGAUGCGCCACAGGGUCAAGGCUGAGCCGAGCGCCACUCGCUGGUGAAGGAGCAGAGAUGAGGUCGCGGGGGCUGGCGCUGCCGCUGUUGGUGGUGCUGACGGGAGCCGGCCUGGUGCGGGCCUGGGCGCAGCCGGAGAGAGUCUUGUUACGAGAAGUUCAGGCCUUGACACUUUACCCAGGAAAGAAUACAAAUUAUCGGCGGAGUUCUCCAGUUCCUCAGUUGCAGUGCACUGGAGGUUCUGCUGGCUGUGGUGCAUAUGCCCCUGAUGUCGUACAAUGUUACAACAAAGGUUGGGAUGGCUAUGAUGUACAGUGGGAGUGUAAAGCAGACUUGGAUGCUGCCUACCGAUUUGGAAAAAUUGAAGUAAGCUGUGAAGGUUAUGAUUAUCCAGACGACCCUUACAUCUUAAAAGGGUCCUGUGGCUUGGAGUACACAUUGGAGUUAACCAAGGCAGGACAGCAAAAGACCAGUUCAUUUGGUGGAAGCUACUUUUCCCCAACCUCUCAUGAUUCAGUAGGCUCAGGUGCUGGAGUGGUUCUGGUAAUAUUCUUUGCUCUUCUUGUUUAUGGCGUCUACAAGUUAUUCCUAUGUGAUAAUCGUCCACAACAUGGCUUUGCUUACGGUGAUGUGCAUUCAGGAACCUACCAACAGAGUCCUCCUCCUCCAGGAUUUAAAUCCGAUGGGCAGUAUUAUCAAAGCCCUCCUCCACCAGGAUUUAAGACAGGCUUUACAGGAGCUGCAAGUGGUUCCAAUUAUGACUCAAAUUCAGGGCCUGGUUUCUGGACCGGAUUAGGUGCUGGAGGGCUACUGGGAUACUUGGCUGGCAACCGAAGGUCACCUUCACAUCAUACAUAUUCUCCAUAUUAUGAUACAUGGACUGGUCCAUCUGCUCGAUCACACGCAUUUGGCAGCUCACAUAACUCUACAGCAUCUCAUCAUUCAGGGACAAGAUCCACAUCUGGUUUUGGAGGUACAAAAAGGAGAUGAACCUUGGAUUCUGUAAUGUCUAAGCAGCUGAAUAAAGGCAACAUUCCAACUAUUCUAAAA